AUGGACACACAAACGUUCCACACCUACAUGAGUAAGAUGCAGGCUUACCGCCAGGCUGAUGCCGAGCGGGAGGCUCUCCUCGUGGACAUCAUAGAAAAAUACGAGGGCCUACUCCGCGAAUACAAUCAAAAGUGCGACGACUACAGAAACGAGGCACAAGAAUCCAACCCAUUUAUAUUCGUCGCCAUCGACGGCGACGGCGCCAUCUUCGACGAUAAAUAUCUCAGCGCCGGCCCCGAAGGCGGAGCCCGCGCCGCCCAACACCUCUACGAAGCCCUACAGGAACACGUGUCCGAAUUAUAUCCCGAAGUAAACACCCAAGAGUGGUCUAUAGUCGUCCAUAUCGCCCUAAAUGUCGAAGGCCUCGCCAAGCGCCUCGUCGCCGGCGGCAUCAUCGCCUCCGUCCCCGACCUCUACGCCUUUGGCCGCGCCUUUACCCGCACCCAGCCCCUCUUUACCUUGGUCGACAUCGGCUUCGGCAAGGAGCAGGCCGACCACAAGAUUAGAGAGAACCUGCGCUUCAUGACCCGCGUCUCCCAGUGCAAGCACAUCGUCUUCGGCCCCUGCCACGACAACGGCUACUUACCCGUCCUAGAAGAAUACAAGCGCAACGCCAACGUCGCCUCGCGCUUUUCCCUGCUGUCCAGCACCGCGCCCGAGGCGGGCUACCUGAAGCUGGGCUUCCCCAUCAAGUCCUUUGACGGCGUCUUCCGCAAGACUCCACUCCCUAGCGUCAUCGCUAAACCCGCUUCCCCACCUAGCCCCGUCAGGGUCGCGCCCGCUGCCGCCGCCCCGGCCCCCGCGCCGGGCUCGUCCCCGACGUCCGCCGCCGCCAACUUCAGCUACGCCUCCGUCGGCUCGAACCGGACCCCGCACCCGGUCCGCAAGCUCGGCUACAACUACUGCAACCGCCACCACCUCAUGGGCACCUGUCCCAACGGGAACAUGUGCAGCUACGAGCAUGGCGAGCCGCUCCCGGCUUCGGAACUCCUCGUCCUGCGCUUCAAGAGCCGCUCCAUCAAGUGCCCCUACACUACCUACUGUGAGGACGUCGACUGUCCCUUUAGCCACCACUGUCGUAUGGGCAAAGAUAAGUGCACCAAUGAUGUCUGCAGAUACGCCGAUACCCAUCAUAUGGAGCUUCGUCCUGCUGCUCGCAUCCUUGCGGAUGGAAAACGGGUGGCGCUCGUUCGAUAG